AUGGAAACUGCACUUUAUAGAGUAGAGACUGCCCUUUUAGAGAUGGAAACUGCACUUUAUAGAGUAGAGACUGCCCUUUUAGAGAUGGAAACUGCACUUUAUAGAGUAGAGACUGCCCUUUUAGAGAUGGAAACUGCACUUUAUAGAGUAGAGACUGCCCUUUUAGAGAUGGAAACUGCACUUUAUAGAGUAGAGACUGCCCUUUUAGAGAUGGAAACUGCACUUUAUAGAGUAGAGACUGCCCUUUUAGAGAUGGAAACUGCACUUUAUAGAGUAGAGACUGCCCUUUUAGAGAUGGAAACUGCACUUUAUAGAGUAGAGACUGCCCUUUUAGAGAUGGAAACUGCACUUUAUAGAGUAGAGACUGCCCUUUUAGAGAUGGAAACUGCACUUUAUAGAGUAGAGACUGCCCUUUUAGAGAUGGAAACUGCACUUUAUAGAGUAGAGACUGCCCUUUUAGAGAUGGAAACUGCACUUUAUAGAGUAGAGACUGCCCUUUUAGAGAUGGAAACUGCACUUUAUAGAGUAGAGACUGCCCUUUUAGAGAUGGAAACUGCACUUUAUAGAGUAGAGACUGCCCUUUUAGAGAUGGAAACUGCACUUUAUAGAGUAGAGACUGCCCUUUUAGAGAUGGAAACUGCACUUUAUAGAGUAGAGACUGCCCUUUUAGAGAUGGAAACUGCACUUUAUAGAGUAGAGACUGCCCUUUUAGAGAUGGAAACUGCACUUUAUAGAGUAGAGACUGCCCUUUUAGAGAUGGAAACUGCACUUUAUAGAGUAGAGACUGCCCUUUUAGAGAUGGAAACUGCACUUUAUAGAGUAGAGACUGCCCUUUUAGAGAUGGAAACUGCACUUUAUAGAGUAGAGACUGCCCUUUUAGAGAUGGAAACUGCACUUUAUAGAGUAGAGACUGCCCUUUUAGAGAUGGAAACUGCACUUUAUAGAGUAGAGACUGCCCUUUUAGAGAUGGAAACUGCACUUUAUAGAGUAGAGACUGCCCUUUUAGAGAUGGAAACUGCACUUUAUAGAGUAGAGACUGCCCUUUUAGAGAUGGAAACUGCACUUUAUAGAGUAGAGACUGCCCUUUUAGAGAUGGAAACUGCACUUUAUAGAGUAGAGACUGCCCUUUUAGAGAUGGAAACUGCACUUUAUAGAGUAGAGACUGCCCUUUUAGAGAUGGAAACUGCACUUUAUAGAGUAGAGACUGCCCUUUUAGAGAUGGAAACUGCACUUUAUAGAGUAGAGACUGCCCUUUUAGAGAUGGAAACUGCACUUUAUAGAGUAGAGACUGCCCUUUUAGAGAUGGAAACUGCACUUUAUAGAGUAGAGACUGCCCUUUUAGAGAUGGAAACUGCACUUUAUAGAGUAGAGACUGCCCUUUUAGAGAUGGAAACUGCACUUUAUAGAGUAGAGACUGCCCUUUUAGAGAUGGAAACUGCACUUUAUAGAGUAGAGACUGCCCUUUUAGAGAUGGAAACUGCACUUUAUAGAGUAGAGACUGCCCUUUUAGAGAUGGAAACUGCACUUUAUAGAGUAGAGACUGCCCUUUUAGAGAUGGAAACUGCACUUUAUAGAGUAGAGACUGCCCUUUUAGAGAUGGAAACUGCACUUUAUAGAGUAGAGACUGCCCUUUUAGAGAUGGAAACUGCACUUUAUAGAGUAGAGACUGCCCUUUUAGAGAUGGAAACUGCACUUUAUAGAGUAGAGACUGCCCUUUUAGAGAUGGAAACUGCACUUUAUAGAGUAGAGACUGCCCUUUUAGAGAUGGAAACUGCACUUUAUAGAGUAGAGACUGCCCUUUUAGAGAUGGAAACUGCACUUUAUAGAGUAGAGACUGCCCUUUUAGAGAUGGAAACUGCACUUUAUAGAGUAGAGACUGCCCUUUUAGAGAUGGAAACUGCACUUUAUAGAGUAGAGACUGCCCUUUUAGAGAUGGAAACUGCACUUUAUAGAGUAGAGACUGCCCUUUUAGAGAUGGAAACUGCACUUUAUAGAGUAGAGACUGCCCUUUUAGAGAUGGAAACUGCACUUUAUAGAGUAGAGACUGCCCUUUUAGAGAUGGAAACUGCACUUUAUAGAGUAGAGACUGCCCUUUUAGAGAUGGAAACUGCACUUUAUAGAGUAGAGACUGCCCUUUUAGAGAUGGAAACUGCACUUUAUAGAGUAGAGACUGCCCUUUUAGAGAUGGAAACUGCACUUUAUAGAGUAGAGACUGCCCUUUUAGAGAUGGAAACUGCACUUUAUAGAGUAGAGACUGCCCUUUUAGAGAUGGAAACUGCACUUUAUAGAGUAGAGACUGCCCUUUUAGAGAUGGAAACUGCACUUUAUAGAGUAGAGACUGCCCUUUUAGAGAUGGAAACUGCACUUUAUAGAGUAGAGACUGCCCUUUUAGAGAUGGAAACUGCACUUUAUAGAGUAGAGACUGCCCUUUUAGAGAUGGAAACUGCACUUUAUAGAGUAGAGACUGCCCUUUUAGAGAUGGAAACUGCACUUUAUAGAGUAGAGACUGCCCUUUUAGAGAUGGAAACUGCACUUUAUAGAGUAGAGACUGCCCUUUUAGAGAUGGAAACUGCACUUUAUAGAGUAGAGACUGCCCUUUUAGAGAUGGAAACUGCACUUUAUAGAGUAGAGACUGCCCUUUUAGAGAUGGAAACUGCACUUUAUAGAGUAGAGACUGCCCUUUUAGAGAUGGAAACUGCACUUUAUAGAGUAGAGACUGCCCUUUUAGAGAUGGAAACUGCACUUUAUAGAGUAGAGACUGCCCUUUUAGAGAUGGAAACUGCACUUUAUAGAGUAGAGACUGCCCUUUUAGAGAUGGAAACUGCACUUUAUAGAGUAGAGACUGCCCUUUUAGAGAUGGAAACUGCACUUUAUAGAGUAGAGACUGCCCUUUUAGAGAUGGAAACUGCACUUUAUAGAGUAGAGACUGCCCUUUUAGAGAUGGAAACUGCACUUUAUAGAGUAGAGACUGCCCUUUUAGAGAUGGAAACUGCACUUUAUAGAGUAGAGACUGCCCUUUUAGAGAUGGAAACUGCACUUUAUAGAGUAGAGACUGCCCUUUUAGAGAUGGAAACUGCACUUUAUAGAGUAGAGACUGCCCUUUUAGAGAUGGAAACUGCACUUUAUAGAGUAGAGACUGCCCUUUUAGAGAUGGAAACUGCACUUUAUAGAGUAGAGACUGCCCUUUUAGAGAUGGAAACUGCACUUUAUAGAGUAGAGACUGCCCUUUUAGAGAUGGAAACUGCACUUUAUAGAGUAGAGACUGCCCUUUUAGAGAUGGAAACUGCACUUUAUAGAGUAGAGACUGCCCUUUUAGAGAUGGAAACUGCACUUUAUAGAGUAGAGACUGCCCUUUUAGAGAUGGAAACUGCACUUUAUAGAGUAGAGACUGCCCUUUUAGAGAUGGAAACUGCACUUUAUAGAGUAGAGACUGCCCUUUUAGAGAUGGAAACUGCACUUUAUAGAGUAGAGACUGCCCUUUUAGAGAUGGAAACUGCACUUUAUAGAGUAGAGACUGCCCUUUUAGAGAUGGAAACUGCACUUUAUAGAGUAGAGACUGCCCUUUUAGAGAUGGAAACUGCACUUUAUAGAGUAGAGACUGCCCUUUUAGAGAUGGAAACUGCACUUUAUAGAGUAGAGACUGCCCUUUUAGAGAUGGAAACUGCACUUUAUAGAGUAGAGACUGCCCUUUUAGAGAUGGAAACUGCACUUUAUAGAGUAGAGACUGCCCUUUUAGAGAUGGAAACUGCACUUUAUAGAGUAGAGACUGCCCUUUUAGAGAUGGAAACUGCACUUUAUAGAGUAGAGACUGCCCUUUUAGAGAUGGAAACUGCACUUUAUAGAGUAGAGACUGCCCUUUUAGAGAUGGAAACUGCACUUUAUAGAGUAGAGACUGCCCUUUUAGAGAUGGAAACUGCACUUUAUAGAGUAGAGACUGCCCUUUUAGAGAUGGAAACUGCACUUUAUAGAGUAGAGACUGCCCUUUUNAUCAGUUAA